AGUAAAAAAACAUAACAUCUAAAAGUCUAGUGAAUAUCCCUGAUAGCAUUGUCCAGAGAGUAUUUUCGGAUUUGUGAUGAUGGAGCACAGCUAAAGCGGAUCAUUUUCUUUAAGAUGGACCGGGAUGAAGCUGUUGUCACAAUCCUUAUUUUGACUGUUUUGGUCUCGAAGUGUCUCUGUGAAAAGGAAGUAAACAUAACAGAUUUGAUACCAGGAACCAACUCUCCAAUCUUGGUACAGGGUAACAGCCAAGUAAAGCUUGCAGUCCAUUCUAUCCCAGAAAGCACGACUCAUGUUGUGUGUCAGAUACACACCCAUAAGGACCUGCUGACUUUGUCCCUGAGCCCGUCACUGUCUCCAGAUGUCUCGGAGACAGGAACUGAUGUGGGCGUGACUACAGUGCUCUCAAAGGGCCAAACAAAUAUGUUUUGGUAUCUGAAGUCGGAUCAUAACCACACUGUGGAGGCUCUGGUUACUGUUAUCUGGUAUACAUGGAAAAGCCCUAUUCCAGGUGGUUGCAACUUGGAGUACAGAUUUGCAAACGAUCCAAAUUUUCACCUUACAUUUGACUCCACAAAAACAUGGACAAGAUUCCAGUGGUCAAGCCAUGGAAGAAAUCGGUCCACGAUCCCAGACCCUGAUGAUUGUGAACACCUGUCCAGCUCACUUCAAUACGACAUGCAUGUUUACUACCUCCCUGGUGGAGACUUCUCUCAGAAAAGUCACUUUGACGGAAUAAAGAAAAUGAUGACUGUGGCCGACGUGCUGCAAAAUGGAAAGAAGAUACACAGCAUAACUGAUGACAAGACAACAACUCUUUCUGGGUUAAAGAUUUCAUCAUAUACUGGUCGAGGCACAAUAUACAAUGUCAUCGUCACGGAUACCAGGUUGGGCACAGAUUCCAGAUCGGUGUAUAUCCCCUCGGUUACGUAUGCCUGCGACCUAGACAACACUGAUGGAUGUCACAUGACAGGUCCUGGAGGGAAGGUUUUGGCAGUGAUUGGAGGAGUACUCGGCCUGUUUCUUGUUAUACUAGGACACAGGUUCUUCAGGACAUCAACCUUCCUGGCAGCAUUUCUUGGCUUUGGGCUGAUAUCUGUGAUUCUGUUUGAACGUUUUACUACUCAGUCUGUUGUAGUAGUCCUAGUGCUGAGUGCCGUGAUCGGGGUUGUCAUGGCAACAGGAUGGCUGGCGUUCUGGUGGUGUCAUGGAGUCCACACAAUAGCUGUGUUGUUUACUGGUCUCACAUGUGGUUACAUCAUCUCCAGUAUCAUUUUCUUCAGUCCAAUGGGAAAUCUGAACUUUUGGAGUCGUGAGUUUAACUAUGGAAUGUCUUUCACUGUGGGCGUGCUCAUUGUACCUGUAAUUCUACUCUUCUUCACCAAACAAUUGAGCAUUCUGUCCUGUACCUUUCUGGGUGGCUACUUGGUUUGUAUCACUGUGGAUGUUUUCCUGGACAGUGGUUUUAAGAACAUCAUUCUGAACUCUGUGAGACAUGCUGUAGACUCGGAAUACCUGUCUGUAACAGUGACAGGGCCCUAUCUUAUCGCAGAUAUGGGACUGACAUUCCUGUGGGUUUUUUUAUUCAUUGGAGGGUCAAUAUUUCAGUUACUAAGAGAACGAGGCAAACCCGAUUUUCCAGAAUCCACGAGGAGAAAUCGCAGAAGACAAGAUUUGGAGAUAGAGGAAGAACGCCAGUCAUUACUAGGGAAAGAUCAUCCCACACUUUAUGGUGUUUCUGGCCAAACAACGGUCAACACAGCCAGGACUGAAAUGACCCCACCCAUAGUGUCCAGCUAGCUGAAAGAUUAAAUUAUGUCAACUUACAUUGUUUAAUCUUUUCUAAAAUUUCUGAAUAUUUGCUAUGUCAGCAUUAAUUCCAUUAUCUCAUGGGAACUGAAUGUUUGUACAAUUUUCCUGGAACAAAAAUGUGGUCAAUCAACAUUUAGAAUUUGUGCCAUCGGACAGUGUGUAGUUUUCCUGUAAACUGUUCAGAUAAAAUAUUAGCCAAUUUAUGAAUCUCUACAUGAUGUGUAGUUUAAAGCCACAUACUCCCAAACAACCUAAAACUCUAGUUGCACACAUGUAUUAAUGGCAAUCCAAGAUGCUCAUUCACUCUCUCUUAACAUUAAAAUGACCCGGGUGGAAGCUUGACGGGGGGAGUCCGUGAGACAUCUUAUUAACGUAAAUUUUUUUGGCAGAAUCUGUCUGCGCUUUCGCAGGUCCACACUUUCCUUGUAUGGACUGUUAUUACCCAAAUACUUUCAUAAAUACAAAUUUCUUUCAGUUUCUGAUUCAUGAUAAUCUGUUAGCUAUGUAUAAAGUCCGAAAACUGUAAAAAGCUCAAAAUGUAAACAUUGAUAUAUGUUUCUUCCUAAGUAUGUGGCUUUAAAGACUCUCUUGGUUAAUAUAUAUAAUUUGACAAAAUGUGUUAAAUGACAGAAUAUAUACCCUAAUGGUGAUAUCAUGUGAGAACUAAUACAGAACUGUAGUUCUUCAAAAUUGCAAUUUAAACCAGGAAGCUACCGACCGAUUACACAGAAUUAGCGAUACAGUUCUCUACUCUAUAUAUGGAAAAUGUGUCAUGCAUAUGCAUGUACAAACUGUUUUGUUUUGAAGAAUGGUGGACUUGCAAUCAAAUUCAUGCAUCAGAAGCUAAAAGUUUGAUCAGGCGUACUGAUUGAUAUCCUGAAGGUAUAGGAAAGUAUUGUGUAAAAUCACAUCAUCUACAGAUUACAGGGUCAGUCUGUUAGUGAAACAUAAAAGAUGGAUUAAAUGUGAAAAGACACCAUUAAUUGACAGUAAAACUUCUCAGCAUUGGAUAAACAACAUAUUCUAUUUUAAGAUGUUUAUUACAUACUUUACUUAUGAAAUGUUGACUUAGCUGAACAGAUUUGAAAGGAAUUAUAUGAAUGUAAUUCUAGAAGGGAUUAUGAAGUUUAGCUUGUUUUAUAUAUAUAUUAACAAAAACACUUUCCAUGUCUCGACAGAGUAUUUUUAUCUGCCUAUAUUUUUAGGUUAUAUGUCUUUAACAGAACACCACUGAAAUAUCUGUACAUGUGUUUUGUUAGUAACAGUGAUGAUGUUUCCAAACUAUCUUUAAUGUUUAACUUCUAUUUAAUACAAGACAAGCAGUAUUUUUUCACAAAGUCCUGUGCAUGAGAUUUGGUUGAAUAAAAUAAAUUACUUGGUUCUAGGCCAUUUUGUUCUAAAAAGAGAUGAGGGAAGAAGUUGAUUUUUUUUCAUCAUUUUAAUUGUGAAAAAAGUUGAGAGCAUAUUUUUUUUUGUUUUUUCAUUUUUUCAAACCAUUCAUUGUUUAUUUUCAUAUCAAUUGCUUAAAAGUUGGGGAGGGGGGUUGUGAUUUAUCAUGGUUCUUUUGUCUUUGUUACACUUCAAUGAACAUGUGCUCUGAUUUUAUGGUUAAACAUAAUGGCUAUCACAGGAGAAAGGUUUGUUGGUGAUGUUGUUUUUUUUACAUAUUUUUCUCCCAAAGAAUGAUGAUGGAUAUUGUUUUUAAACUUCUACUUUACCCGGAAAAUGAUAUGAAAUGAGAAUUACUUCAAAGCAUGUGAACCAAGUAAUUAUUUUGUUUUGGCCUUAUAUUUAUUAUUUAUUCAUUAUAUACACAUACUUGUUGGGUGUGAAUUUGAGAAUUUACCUGUUGUAUCCUGGUUGAGCACAAACCUUACAUUGUGUAUCCAAAAUUCACCUCAACAUAGCAAAAUAAUGUCCUUAUUAACCAGAAAAUAAAUACUCUAUGUUAUUUUAUUGUGUUUCAUUAGAUAACAUAAUAGAAUUCUACAAACUCUUAUAAGAGAGUCAAUUAAGAUAUUCUCUUCUCCCAUACUUCACAGAGGAAUCUCCAUUUUUGGUACUAGGGAACUUUAACGGGGUUAGGAAAAAGACUGCUGUCACCAAUGACAUAAUACCUCUGGUAAUUGAAUUGUUGACAUGAUGUCACGUUAUUGUUUCAUGUCACAUUCUAUGGUCCACAGAAUAAAUCCAUGUGUGACUCUUUGUCUCACAUCCUUACAAAUAAAACAUUGGAAGUUGUAGUCCUGAACUAUCAUCAGUCCAUAAAACAUGUGUUGAAAUAAUGCCACUAUCCAUUUUCACCAUGGUUACUAGACAUGAAAUAAUGCCACAAUCCAUUUUCACCAUGGUUACUAGACAUGAAAUGAUGCCACUAUCCAUUUUCACCAUGGUUAUUUGACAUGAAAUGAUGCCACUAUCCAUUUUCACCAUGGUUAUUUGACAUGAAAUGAUGCCACUAUCCAUUUUCACCAUGGUUAUUUGACAUGAAAUGAUGCCACUAUCCAUUUUCACCAUGGUUACUAGACAUGAAAUGAUGAUAUGGCUCAACUGUGACCCUACUAUGAGUAGCAUUAUAGCAUAUGUGCCAGUUGUCUUUCAAUUCUCCGUGCAAGAUAGAGUAAUAUCUUCCCUUGCAAAAAUGGGAUCACCAAGUGAAGUAUGUGAGAAAUAUCUAUCUAGUACCUACAUACGGUAUAUGUGUAACUGAUUAUAUGAUACAGGGUCAGAAGUGUUACGUCUAGUUGUCGUAAAGCCUUAAUGUAAUACCUAUGCAAGACAUGUUGAUUUGUAAUUAUAAAAUGUGUAUUUCCUUGUCUAAAAUUUGUUGUAUACCUGCUAAGUUGAUAUUUUUCACCAGAUAAGGGCUUCAGUUUUACAUAUACUCUCCAUAUAUUAGAUUAAUACUGAGUUGUUCCUUGCUAACCCAUACUCUCCAUAUAUUAGAUUAAUACUGAGUUGUUCCUUGCUAACCCACCUAGUCAUUAUUAUUGGGUAACAUGAGAGGAAAAAUACAAUGACUAGACUAGAAUUUGAACCAGGAACCUCCUAAUUCUUAACAGAUGAUCAAACAAUUUCAGCGCUACCUUGCCAAAGGUAUAGUAUUAUCUGUAGAAUAAGGACAAAGGUUUGAUAUUAUCUACAGGAUUAGGACAGAUGUUUGGUAUUAUCUACAGGAUUAGGACAAAGGUUUGGUAUUAUCUACAGGAUAAGGAUGGAGGUUUGCUAUUAUCUACAGGAUUAGGACGAAGGUUUGGUAUUAUCUACAGGAUAAGGACAGAGGUUAGGUAUCAUCUACAGGAUUAGGACAGAGGUUUGGUUUUAUCUACAGGAUUAGGACAGAGGUUUGGUAUCAUGUACAGGAUAAGGACAGAGGUUUGGUAUCAUCUACAGGAUUAGGACGGAGGUUAGUAUUAUCUGCAGGAUUAGGAGGAAGGUUUGGUAUCAUCUACAGGAUUAGGACAGAUGUUUGAUAUUAUCUACAGGAUUAGGAUAGAGGUUUGGUUUUAUCUACAGGAUAAGGACAGAGGUUUGAUAUUAUCUACAGGAUUAGGACGAAGGUUUGGUAUCAUCUACAGGAUUAGAACAGAUGUUUGAUAUUAUCUACAGGAUUAGGACAGAGGUUUGGUAUUAUCUACAGGAUUAGGACAGAUGUUUGGUAUCAUCUACAGGAUUAGGACAGAUGUUAGGUAUCAUCUACAGGAUUAGGACAGAGGUUUGGUUUUAUCUACAGGAUUAGGACAGAGGUUUGGUAUCAUCUACAGGAUUAGGAUAGAGGUUUGGUUUUAUCUACAGGAUAAGGACAGAGGUUUGAUAUUAUCUACAGGAUUAGGACGAAGGUUUGGUAUCAUCUACAGGAUUAGAACAGAUGUUUGAUAUUAUCUACAGGAUUAGGACAGAGGUUUGGUAUUAUCUACAGGAUUAGGACAGAUGUUUGGUAUCAUCUACAGGAUUAGGACAGAUGUUUGAUAUUAUCUACAGGAUAAGGACAGAGGUUAGGUAUCAUCUACAGGAUUAGGACAGAGGUUUGGUUUUAUCUACAGGAUUAGGACAGAGGUUUGGUAUCAUGUACAGGAUAAGGACAGAGGUUUGGUAUCAUCUACAGGAUUAGGACGGAGGUUAGUAUUAUCUGCAGGAUUAGGAGGAAGGUUUGGUAUCAUCUACAGGAUAAGGAUGGAGGUUUGCUAUUAUCUACAGGAUUAGGACGAAGGUUUGGUAUUAUCUACAGGAUAAGGACAGAGGUUAGGUAUCAUCUACAGGAUUAGGACAGAGGUUUGGUUUUAUCUACAGGAUUAGGACAGAGGUUUGGUAUCAUGUACAGGAUAAGGACAGAGGUUUGGUAUCAUCUACAGGAUUAGGACGGAGGUUAGUAUUAUCUGCAGGAUUAGGAGGAAGGUUUGGUAUCAUCUACAGGAUUAGGACAGAUGUUUGAUAUUAUCAACAGGAUUAGGAUAGAGGUUUGGUUUUAUCUACAGGAUAAGGACAGAGGUUUGAUAUUAUCUACAGGAUUAGGACGAAGGUUUGGUAUCAUCUACAGGAUUAGAACAGAUGUUUGAUAUUAUCUACAGGAUUAGGACAGAGGUUUGGUAUUAUCUACAGGAUUAGGACAGAUGUUUGGUAUCAUCUACAGGAUUAGGACAGAUGUUUGGUAUCAUCUACAGGAUUAGGACAGAGGUUUGAUUUUAUCUACAGAAUUAGGACAGAGGUUUGAUAUUAUCUACAGGAUUAGGAUGAAGGUUUGAUAUUAUCUACAGGAUUAGGAGGAAGGUUUGAUAUUAUCUACAGGAUUAGGAUGAAGGUUUGAUACUUGGUACUCCUGUUUUCCUCCACCUCCAAAACCAGGCAUGUCCUUAAAUGACCCUGAUAAUUAAUAGGACGUUAAAUGAAAUAAACCAAACCAAACCACUGGCAUUUAGCCUAGUCCUUCCCUAUAUAUACUCCUCCCAACAGUCUUCCAUCUCGAUGACCUCCUCCUUGGGUAUUUCUUUUGGGCAUCAAAAGUAACAUUGGGAGGGAAAAUGCAUCCAGUCCAUGACUUAAACCUGUAACCUCUGGCCUCUAAACAGAUACUAAACAUCUGAGCUAAAAACUCCUGGCUACUAGUGUUUGGCCUAGUCCAGUUCCUCUACACAUGUACGAUGUGACAUUUUGUAGGAGUCGUCUCCUCAGUUUUUUUUUAUAUCUGUUAAGGUCAAUUUGGUAGACAGUCAGCUUGUCAGAUGGUCAUUUAUUGAGUGGUCAGCUGAUUCAUUGACAGAGGUCUAUAUGCCAAUUUUAAUUAAGAAAAUAUGUGAUAGCUAUAUUUUUCAUACUAGAAAAGAUUAUUUUGAUGUAUCAGAUGCAGUUAUGAUGCCUAAAAUCCAUUGGUCCAUGAUCAAAACUGGGUAUUGACGAGGAGAUGUGCAUUGUGAUUCACCAGAACUAAAUGUACUGAAUGGGUCUCCCCCCCCCCCCCAUCCUAAAUUGAGAUAUUUUUAUUGACAGUAUUUUUAUAUUUGUACAUAUAAACAUUUUGGAAUGGAUUACUAUAAUACUGUAUAUUAUUGUGUUGAUCAUUAGUCCUUACAUCAGAUGUUAGGUCUAAAUUCUCACACAGAGAAACAUUGUGACUGUUCCAUUUACAGAUUUUAAGUAAUAUAUUAAAGAUUGAAGUUAAUUGGUGCAAAGUUGAAAUUCAAUCUGAAGUGACUUUUUGUUUAUGUGAAGAGUAAUUAAGUGCAGCAAUUUGUCAGUGUCUAGAUUAAAGAUGCAUGUCUCCACUUAACACCUAUAUACAGCAAAAUGUAUGGCUGCUAAAAUUGGUUUGAUAUUUAGCUUGCUUAUACAGUGACUAGAAAAUUUUGAUAAUUUAUUUUCCGUAUCAUUAUGCAUAAUUAUUAAUUUGACAUGAUAAAAAUUUGUAAUUGAUUUCUAUU